AAUUUUUUUCAACCUGGUGGUAUUAGAAGGUAGAUGGUCGCAGGGCUUCAUGGCUAUGGCAGCUGUUGGCGCAACCAAUGUCGGUUCAAUAGAGUUGAAGUUUGAACCUGAGCUGAAAACAAAUAUUCCAAAAGUAGGAUUAUCUUGGGCCACCAUAAACUCACGCACUUAUAUGGACAAAAUGGUCUUAAUGUGAAAGCAGGGGAAGAGGUGGCAGUUUUUAACCUUGGAUCCACUGUGGUUCUUGUGCUUGAAGCACCUUCAGUAGAGACAGAAGAGUUAUCAGCUCAUGAACUCAUCCCGGUCUGAGAGUAGAAAUUUUAGAUUCACAGUAGCGAAUGGAGAGAGAAUAAAGAUGGGGCAAGCACUAGGAGACUGGUAGUACUUUUCACCUUGGAAGGUGGUCUGUUUUAUCGUCAAAAUCAUUCAUAUAAGCGAUGCAAUCGCUUUGUGUCAGUUAAUGACACGAGAAGAGUAUUUUAAUGCUAUCCACUGCAGAA